AUGUCAUCAACGUUUGGCGGUAUGGCAAAUAGUCUGACACGCGAUGCACAUUUAGUUGAUAAUGAUCAACCAUUUUCAACUUCAUCGCUUGUUGCAGCUCGUAGUGGUGUAGCUAAACAUGUUAGAGAAAAAGGUCUUAUUAUGGAACAAGAUAUAGAUUGUUUAGAAUAUUCAUCAGAAGAAGAAAGUACUAAACCAACUGAAGAUCUUGAUGGUAUAUUUGCUAUAAGUAGUAAAAAAUCAAAAUUAGAUAUGAUUAUAGCAAAUCAUGAUAAAAUAUAUUAUCGACCAUUUUGUAAAGAUUUUUAUACAGCUAUAUUUGAGAUAACUAAUAUGACAGAAGCAGAAGUUGUUGCUUAUCGAAAAGAACUAAACGAUAUCAAGGUAGUUGGUAAACGAUGUCCAAGACCAAUAAAAACUUGGUCACAGUGUAUAACAUCUGUUAAAAUUUUACAAUUUUUAAAAAAAUAUAAGUAUGAAAAGGUAACACCCAUUCAAGCUCAAGCAUUACCAAUUAUUCUUUCUGGUAGAAAUAUGAUUGGUAUUGCGAAAACAGGCAGUGGAAAAACAUUAGCAUUUCUUUUACCAAUGUUUCGUCAUAUAAUAGAUCAACCACCAUUAGAUGAUGGAGAUGGUCCAAUAGCUAUCAUUAUAACACCAACUCGUGCAUUAGCAUUACAAACAACAAGAGAAUGUAAAAAAUUUGCUAAAUUAUUUGAUAUUCGUUGUAUUGCUGUUUAUGGUGAUACAAGCGUAUCAGAACAAAUUGCACAACUUAAACGUGGUGCAGAGAUUAUUGUAUGUACACCUGGACGUUUGGUUGAUAUGUUAACUGCUAAUAAUGGAAGAGUCACAAAUGUUCGACGAGUCACUUAUGUUGCUGUCGAUGAAGCUGAUCGAAUGUUUGAUAUGGGUUUUGAACCACAGGUGCCAAAAAUCCUUGAUAGUAUUCGUCCUGAUCGUCAAAUCGUUAUGUUUUCAGCAACAUUUCCUAAAAAAAUGGAAGCAUUAGCACGUAAAAAUCUCUAUAAACCCAUUGAAGCGACUAUAGGUGAACGAAGUAUUGUUUGUAAAGAUAUUAUACAAAAUGGCGUAAAUAUUCAAAAUUUAAUUCUUGUUGUUAAUUAUGAUUGUCCAAAUCAUUAUGAAGAUUAUGUACAUCGUUGUGGACGUACGGGUCGAGCAGGAAAUAUAGAUUAUGCUUAUACAUUUCUUACACCAACACAAGAACGUUAUACUGGUAAUAUAAUUCAAGCUUUAAAAACAUCUGGUACAUCUAUACCAGAAGUAUUAACUUUAUUAUGGGAUAGUUAUGUUAAAAAAGAGGAAGCCAUGGGUAUAGAAUCAGAAAUUAAUGCACAGUCCGAAUAUCUUUCACAAAAUGUUGCAAGUGUGACAGCCAAAUAUAAAGAUAAAAUGCAUACAAUUAAAUCACGUUUAGAACAAACUGAUCGCGACAGACGUGAAGCACAAAUUCGUACUGAACAAUUACAAAAUGAAAUAGAACGACUUAAAAAUGAAUUAACACAUAAAAAAGAAAUGAUUUUUGAAAAAGAUAAACUCAUUCAAGAUGCACAAUAUAAAAGUCGAGAAAUACUUCUUGAACGACAAUCAGUUGAAGAUAGAAUAUCAAAUGAAUAUAAACGAUUAAAUGAACUUGUUGAUAAAAAUCGUCUUCUUGAAGAAGAAUUAGAACGUAUGCGACGUAGUCAGAUACUCGAAAAUAUUACUGUUCGCAGAACUGAUGUUAUAAAUCUUGAUACUGGUACAGUUGAUUCAUCAAAUCGUCUUGAAGAAUUACGAACAAAAAUCAAUGAAUUUGAACGACGAUUUGCAUCUGAAAAAGCUUCGAAAGAAUCAUUACAAGUUCAAAUAAAAAUACUCGAAGAAGAAAAUGCUGAUCUUCGAGAUAUAAUGAGUCAGAUGCGAAAGAGAGCACAUGAUGAUCGACGGACAGAUCGAGAUCGUAAUGACGAGAUUCAACAAUUAAUUGCUCGUGCUGAAUCAAAUGCUCGUCAAUAUAUGUCAAAUUUUAAUAUAUCAACAACAUCACCAACAUCGACUUUAGUGAGGAUAAUUCCAAUAUCCUCACCAACAAAAAUUUCAUGA